GCCCCGCCCCCGCUGGCGUCUCCUCGCGGGCUUCCGGCGCGUCACGUGACGGCUCGGAGGCGCUGGCGGUUGCUGUCAGCUGAUUCUCUCCGGGUUGGAGGCAGUAGCGGCGGCUGUGGCGAUGGACUUUCUCCUGGGGAACCCGUUCAGCUCUCCGGUGGGACAACGCAUCGAGAAAGCUACAGAUGGCUCCCUGCAGAGUGAGGACUGGGCCCUCAACAUGGAAAUCUGUGACAUCAUCAACGAGACGGAAGAAGGGCCCAAAGAUGCCUUCCGGGCCGUGAAGAAGAGAAUUGUGGGAAACAAGAACUUCCAUGAGGUGAUGCUGGCUCUCACGGUAUUGGAAACCUGUGUCAAGAACUGCGGGCACCGCUUCCACGUGCUGGUGGCCAGCCAGGACUUCGUGGAGGGUGUGCUGGUGAGGACCAUCCUGCCCAAGAACAACCCGCCCACCAUCGUGCACGACAAGGUGCUCAACCUCAUCCAGUCCUGGGCUGACGCGUUCCGCAGCUCGCCCGAUUUGACAGGUGUGGUGGCCGUCUACGAGGACCUGCGGAGGAAGGGCCUGGAGUUCCCCAUGACCGACCUGGACAUGCUGUCGCCCAUCCACACACCCCAGCGGACUGUGUUCAACUCGGAAACACCUUCAGGACAGAAUUCUGCGGGCACAGAAGCUUCCAGUCAGCGAGUGGACUAUAAUCAGCACGCUGCCCCUUUGCCCACCCCGGCCGACCCUCCCAGUGACACACCCCUCAUGCCCACCCCUGAGCAGAUCGGGAAGCUGCGCAGUGAGCUGGAGAUGGUGAGCGGGAACGUGAGGGUGAUGUCGGAGAUGCUGACGGAGCUGGUCCCCACCCAGGCAGAGCCCGCGGACCUGGAGCUCCUGCAGGAGCUCAACCGGACGUGCCGCGCGAUGCAGCAGCGGGUCCUGGAGCUCAUCCCCCGAAUCGCCAAUGAACGGCUGACAGAGGAGUUGCUCAUUGUCAACGACAACCUCAACAACGUGUUCCUGCGCCAUGAACGGUUUGAACGGUUCCGAACAGGCCAGGCUGCCAAGGCCCCGAGCGAGACCGAGCCAGCAGCCGAUCUGAUCGACAUGGGCCCUGACCCAACAGCCCCCAACCACCUCUCAUCCCAGCUGGCAGGAAUGAACCUGGGCUCCAGCAGCGUGAGGGCUGGCCUGCAAUCUCUGAACGCCUCCGGCCGCCUGGAAGACGAGUUCGACAUGUUUGCACUGACUCGAGGCAGCUCCCUGGCCGACCAGCGGAAAGAUGUCAAGUACGAGGACCCCCAAGCAACAGAUGGUCUGGUGGGAGCCCUGGAUGCUCGACAGCAGAACACCGGCUCGAUGCCCGUGACCCAGGCCGCCCUCAUGGAGGACAUUGAGCAGUGGCUGUCCACUGACGUGGGGAACGACGCUGAAGAGGCGAAGGGCGUCACCAGUGAAGAAUUUGACAAGUUCCUGGAAGAGCGGGCCAAGGCUGCCGAUCGGUUACCCAACCUCUCCAGCCCCUCAGCCGAGGGUCCCCCAGGACCUCCUUCUGGCACUGCCCCUCGGAAGAAGACCAAGGACAAAGAUGAUGACAUGCUGUUUGCCUUGUGAG